CAUAGUGCAUACUGCAUAGUGCAUACUUGUAAUUUAAUCGUUGGCGGUUGGCCGGACCAAAAUCAGACUACGGUGGCGGGUGGAGUCAGGGUUCGGACUAGACUUGGAUGAUGUGACGACUGACGUUACAAAAGUCAAAUUUGUGUUAACAAAUUUUUACUUUGUUGACUAUAGUUUUAGUUAAUUAUUUUCAAUGUUGACGAUACAAAUGCGGUGACGAACAAAAACAAUGACUGACAUGGCCGAUGAAUCGUUGUAUUCGGACGAAGAACUUUUUGGCAAUGAUUCAAAUGAAUGUGUUGUUACAUUGACCAGUUCAGUUAGCUACGAGGAUGAAUACCAAUCAUUGUUAUUCCAUAAUAGGGAUAGAAUAAUAUCGAAAUUAAAAUAUGAACUCUCCAACGUACUGCCUCCACCACCAACAGUAACCACCUGCAGAUUAAGUGUAGAUGAUAUACUUAAGAGAUGGUAUGAAUAUCAAAAUGUGAAAACACCAUCAAAAAAAAUUGAAACUAAAGAACUGAAAAAUAUCGAUAGAGCUAUUAAUUGGCAAUGGCCGGAAGUUGUUAAUGUUCAAUGUUUUGAUGUUUAUUAUUAUGUUGAUAAUAAAUCUGCAGAAAUGGCGUCGUUAGAAAUGAAGUACCAACAACGAUAUGUUACCAACGAGACCAAAUCGCUGAUGAACACGGGCCGUACACCUCUACCCAAAAGGGAACGGGGUCUAGCUAGACAACAACCAAAGCUGCCGGAACAAAAUUUAUUAGUACGUAGAAAACUCGUCUCCAAACCACAAAUUUUGGCUGAAGCUAAGGCAAAAUUAGCUCUUGUCGAAAACAAACGUAGAAUUCUCGUUCCAGGAAAAUUGAAGAGAGACAACAUAGUCAAACCCCUCGAAAAAAGUUAUCUUGAAAAUAAAAAUGACAGUGUGAGAUCGACUGGUCAUAAAAGAGCAUUGUUCCAAAGUCCUGAAACAUAUUUUCAUUCUCGAAAGCGUAUGUGUUAUAGCCAAAAUACAGAAGCAGAAUCGCCUAGUGCUUCAUCAAUUUGCAGUGAUACGUCAAACACUACUCCAGUUAAAAGAUGGAGUGUUGCACCGAUAAGUACACAAUUAUUCGAUGAUGAUCAUGAUAGAAAACCAUCUGAAAUAAAAACAGAACCAGUAAAAAAAUGUCUGAGGGCGUUAAAAUUCAUUAAUAGUGUCGAAACGGCUGAUAAAAAAAAAGCAUCCGAAACGAGAUCUGAACAAAAGGAACUCAGUAAAUUGCAUAAACAGAAGUUAUUAUGGGCUGUGUCUGAAGUGUUAAAAUCGUGUGGCAUUGACAGUCAGCACAAUCAAUUUCGUUUAUUUCUUCGGCAACUGUUCAAAGUUUGUUCCAAGCAAUGGUUGGAACAAUCGUGUGUCGGAAUCAAAACCAGUACUAGUGAAGCGAUGCGAGCUUUAGUGAUGAAACAUAAAAACACAGUUCUAAAAUUAAAAACCGUGUCACCUGGGAAUUCUUCAAAAACCAAAGACGUCCCUGUUGUAGUCAAACAGAAGUCUGUUGCUGACGUCAGGAAAGUUUUAUUUACAGACAAUACUCCAAAAUCUGACUUUAAGUUUAAAAAAUUUGGCUCUGACCUGAAAAAGAAAAGUUCACCAGCCAAGAGCAGUGGUGUCCCCGAUAGUCUUGACGACUUGACCGUAUUCCUUGACAUUACAAAAUUACCAACUAAAAACUUUGAGGACGACCGACCUAGCAGGCCUUUAUCCUCUACUUCGGACUACUGCUCAAAUUUGGAUAUGGAUUCAAAAGAAUUGGAAACUUUGUAUGCUGGCUAAUUAUUAUAUUUUUUUUCAAGCUUAAGACAAAUUUUUUUUUUUGUAACUACUAAAAUUAAGAACUUUACCUAAUAUAAUUUUUUAUUUUUAUUUAGACUCACAAAUUAACUAGAAUUUA